UAAAAAUAUUUUUUUCUCCGAUCAUUCCCAGCGACUUCGAUCACCGACGCUACGAAUCCAAAACAAUACGACGCCUAAUUCGAAUCCAAAAGCGCUUCCCCGAAUCGCGCCCUCAUUUUCCCCCGCAUUUGCUGUGUGAAUUAGUGUUUCUUGAGGUUAUGGAUCGGCCAAGAUGGUUGAAAUUGGUGUUCUUGAUCAGCUUGUUGAUGCUUUGUCAUGGGAGAACUAAUUUAGCAUUUAAGUUCAAGCAUCAAGACUACAGUCAUAUUUAUAACCAGACUCUUGCCAAGAUACUUGCCGAAUAUGCCUCUGCUGUGUACAUGACAGAUCUAACAGAACUAUUUACGUGGACCUGCUCAAGAUGUAAUGAUCUGACAAAGGGCUUUGAGAUGAUAGAGCUGAUUGUUGAUGUCCAGUACUGCUUACAGGCAUUUGUUGGUGUUGCUCAUGAUCUUAAUGCCAUCAUAAUAGCUUUCAGAGGAACUCAAGAAAACAGCAUCCAGAACUGGAUAGAGGAUCUUCUCUGGAAACAGCUUGAUCUGAACUAUCCAAACAUCUCUGAUGCAAUGGUGCACCGGGGCUUUUAUUUUGCAUAUCAUAACACAACAGUACGACCUGUGGUUGUAAAUGCUGUUAAAAGGACUAGGAAGUUAUAUGGGAAAUUUCCUGUAAUGGUAACGGGGCAUUCUAUGGGAGGUGCUAUGGCUUCCUUUUGUGCACUGGAUCUUGCUGUCAAUUUUGGAAUACACAAUGUACAACUCAUGACAUUCGGGCAACCUCGUGUCGGAAACGCUGCUUUUGCUUCGUACUUCACGGAACACGUACCGAAGACAAUCCGGGUUACUAAUGGGAAUGAUAUUGUACCUCAUUUGCCGCCAUACUACUCCCUCUUUCCGCAGAAAACAUACCAUCACUUCCCAAGAGAGGUGUGGACACACAACAUUGGGAUCGGAACUCUCGUAUACAUGAUCGAGCAGAUUUGCGAUGGUUCUGGUGAAGAUCCAUCUUGUAGCAGGUCGGUAAGCGGAGAUAGCAUUACGGACCAUAAGAAGUACCUGGGUAUCGAUAUGCAGGCGGACACAUGGGGAUCAUGCAGAAUUGUGAUGGAUUACAGUGCCCUGCAAUACCAGAUGGACCUUGCCGGCAAUAUCGUCUUAUCGAAGGAUCCAGUUUCUCCAUCAAUUAUACAAUCCAUUACUCAAGAAGAUAAUACCAGAAGUAAUGUUCAGAAUUAGAAAUGUAUAGUCAAAUAGAAUCCAAUCCACAGCAGAUCAUUUCAAAUUAAAGAAACUGUAUAUAGAAAAUAUGGUUCUUUUAGCUUGUAUCAUCUAAUAAAGAUGUGUGUGUAUUCCACUUAACACUUGGGAUCUAUAUAUGUUACUGUUCUGUUCAUCUUGUAAAAGCAGCUCAAGUUUAAAAUAGGUAAGCCACAGAUUGGAGUUA